AUGCCUGAGAGUUUGCCUGUCAAUCCCGCUGCUACUGAGAAUUUUGGGGAUUGGAUGUUGGUUCGGAGGGAUCGACGUAGGGAUAAUCGUCAGAGUAUCAGGCCUGGGCCUAAGAGAGUUGACAGAGAUGAGGUUCGAAGGGUAGUUGCAGAUGGGUCUACGAGAAAUCGUUUUGACUCUUUACUUAAUUUAGAGGAUGAGAGAGGGAGUCGUGGUGGUAGAGGGCUGUUUCGUGGAGGACGAGGAGGUCAGGCUGUGGCUAAUAAUGCUAAUGUCGAGAUAAUUCCAUCCUCUGCUACGACUUCUAGGGAAGUACGACCUAAUACUAGAAUUGGAUUAUCAAGGAAAGCAGCGGCAGAGGUUGAGCAUACUGUAGUUGUUGGUAAUGGGAAGGAGAGGGUAGAAUCUUGGGUUGUUUCUUCUGAAGAUCAGGUGGGGUUGAGUGUCCUGAAUCAUAUGCCUCCAAAUCCACCAAGUUUUCGUAACCCAUCUUUCCCUCAUCCGUCUAGCCCGAAUAUUGUCCCUGGUCAGAAGACAGUCAAUGGGAGUGAGGAUGAUGUCACGUUGAUUGUGGCUAAGACAUUUUUUAAUGAGUUGAAUAAGAUAAUUCCAUCCUCUGCUACGACUUCUAGGGAAGUACGACCUAAUACUAGAAUUGGAUUAUCAAGGAAAGCAGCGGCAGAGGUUGAGCAUACUGUAGUUGUUGGUAAUGGGAAGGAGAGGGUAGAAUCUUGGGUUGUUUCUUCUGAAGAUCAGGUGGGGUUGAGUGUCCUGAAUCAUAUGCCUCCAAAUCCACCAGGUUUUCGUAACCCAUCUUUCCCUCAUCCGUCUAGCCCGAAUAUUGUCCCUGGUCAGAAGACAGUCAAUGGGAGUGAGGAUGAUGUCACGUUGAUUGUGGCUAAGACAUUUUUUAAUGAGUUGAAUAAGGAAUACAAGAGGCUAUAUCAUCCUAACAUCUUUUGUUUAGUGGAACCUCGUAUUUCUGGAGAAGCGGCUGAUGAAGUUUGUGGUUUGUUGGGGUAUGAAAAUUGGAUCUGUGUUGAGGCAGUCGGAUUUAGUGGUGGUAUUUGGUUGCUUUGGUCAGAAGAUAGUUUUCGAAUUGAAUUAGUUGUUACCGAUCCUCAAUUCAUUACGGUAGCAAUUAAUUUUUCUACUGGAGAGAAAUGGUUGUUUAGUGUAGUUUAUGCAAGCCCUGAUAUUUAUUUAAGGAGGAAGCUUUGGCAAUCUCUUUCUGGAGAAACUAGUUUAUCCAUUUCUAAAUGGAUUGUCGCGGGUGAUUUUAAUUGUAGAAGUGGCGAAAAUGUCCCCUAUCAAGCUGCUCGGUUAGAUCGAUGUUUUGUAUCUACUGAUUGGAGACUGGAUUAUGUUGAUGCUAUUAUUGAACAUCCACCUAAAUUGCAUUCAGAUCAUGUUCCAAUUGUGAUUAAAUGUCAAGGGGUUCUAGCUUUUGGAGUUCGUCCUUUUCGGUCUUUAACAGCUCGGACACUACAUGCUCAGUUUGAUCAAGUAGUUGCAUGCUCUUGGGACCCAAAUCGUUCCCUAAUUCAUAAUCUGAGCACAUUAAAAAUUCAGCUUGGAGAGUGGAAUAGGACUCAGUUCGGUAAUAUCUUUGAUAACAAGAGAAGGCUUUUACGCAGGUUAGGUGGUGUUCAGAGAGAUCUUGCUGAAAGCCGGUCAAGGAGCCUUGUAAAACUUGAAUUUAAAUUGAAACGUAGAUUGGAAGAGAUUCUACGCCAAGAGGAGAUGUACUGGUUUCAGAAAUCAAAAGAGGAAUGGAUAGCGAACGGCGAACGGAAUACUCAUUUCUAUCAUCUAGCAGCUACUAUCAAACGGAAAAAAUUCUGUAUUUCUGCUUUAAAGAAUGAUUGGGGGGAGGUUGUUACUGAUCCGUCAGUUCUUAAAGGUAUGGCCAUCAAUUUUUUCCGCAAUUUGUAUACUUCCGAUUUGGGUGAGCUUUUGGAUAUUCCUUUCCAAUAUGCCCAUCCUGUGCUCUCCACGACACAAAUUGCAAAACUUGAUAGACCAUUUUCUCCAGAGGAGGUUAAGCUAGCAUUGGACCAGAUGGCGAGUGGUAAAGCGGCUGGUGACGAUGGUUUUAAUGUUGAAUUUUAUAAGAAGGCUUGGCCAAUAGUUGGGACUCAGGUGAUUGAUUUUGUUCUUUUUUGUUUACAAGGCAAUGAGCUCCCAAGCAUGAUUAAUGAGACGGUUUUGGUAUUGAUACCGAAGGUGGCUACCCCUGAAUUUAUUACUCAAUUUCGGUCAAUUAGCCUCUGUAAUGUGCUUUAUAAGCUUAUUACGAAGGUCUUGGUGAACAGGUUACAACAAGUCCUUACUUCUUUAAUUGGACCAGAGCAGAAUAGUUUUGUUCCGGGUCGGCAAAUCACGGAUAAUGUAGUCAUUUACCAAGAGGCUCUUCACACUAUGGGGAAAAUGAACGGUGGCAAUAGAUUUAUGGCUUUGAAAAUUAAUUUAGAAAAAGCCUAUGAUAGGCUAGAAUGGAGCUUUAUUGAUUGGAGCUUGGAGAAAGCUAAUUUUUCCAGUUUAUGGAGAACGAAUGUGAGACAUUGUGUUCAUUCUGCUUCUAUGUCAGUUCUUUGGAACAAUGAGAAGUUGGAGUCUUUUUUGCCCACUCGUGGGAUUCGGCAAGGCGACCCUUUAUCAUCCUAUCUUUUUGUGCUUUGUGUGGAGCAACUUUCCAAUAUUAUUAAACAUUCGGUGAAACAAGGGGCGUGGCAUCCACUUCCUAUUUCCAACAAUGGUCCGUUGGUUUCACAUCUCAUGUUCGCCGACGAUAUGGUAUUGUUUGCUGAAGCUACGGAAGAACAGCUGGAUGUUAUUAUUAAUUGUUUAACUGUCUUUUGUAAUGCUUCUGGACAAAAGGUGAAUUUUUUAAAGUCAAGCCUUUUUGUUUCUCCGAAUGUGAGUACAUCUACAGCCUCUCGUUUAUCCUCUAAAUCAGGAAUUCCUUUGGUCUCUGACCUUGGGCGUUAUUUGGGUGUACCAUCUCUUCAUGGUAGAGUAUCUCAGGUACAAUUUCGUGGAUUGGUUGAUGAUAUGCGAAGCCGGCUUGCUGGUUGGAAGGCGGGUGCACUUUCUAGAGCAGGGAGAAUAACGCUAGUCCAAUCAGUCUUGAACUCCAUUCCUAUUUAUACUAUGCAAUCUAUUAAAUUACCGGUGUCUAUUUGUAAGGAAAUGGAGCGGCUUUGCCGUAAUUUUAUUUGGCAUGGUAACAGUGGGGAUUCUGCUGUUUAUCUGAUUAAUUGGCAAACUUUGCAAUAUCCAAAGCAAAAUGGUGGGUUGGGCAUUCAGAAUUUUGGAUUAAUGAAUCAAGCUAUGUUGGGUAAAUUAUGUUGGCGGGCAUUUAUGAACCCAUCUGACUUAUGGAUCUCAUGUCUUCUUUGGAAAUAUAAUAAUGGUAGAAUUUCUUGGAAUCUUCGAGUACCUCUUGGUGCCUCUAUGAAUUGGAAGACUUUAUGCUGGGGCCUCCAAUUAGUUUCUAGCGGUGUUUCUAUUGACGUUCGUAGUGAGGUGGUUGUCAGAUAUUAUUGGAUCCCUGGAUAUGGAUGGGAUUGGAAUCGGUUGUCUUUAUGGCUACCUGAUUUCGUUUUAGCAUUUUUACUCCCCAUUUGCCUACAUGAUGAUGUUAACUCAAGGGAUGGAAUAAUAUGGAGACAUUCCAUUAGUGGACAGUAUUCAGUUAAAACGGGGUACUCUCUUCUGGUAGAGAAAUGUGGUUUACCAGUUGCCUUACCAUUAUGGAAGCUUAUUUGGAAAGCAACUGGCACGCAGAGGAUGCGGGUUUUUCUGUGGGAAGUUGCCCAUGAGAAAAUUAUGGUCAAUGUUCAGCGGUUUCGGAAAGGAUGGAUUAAUUCAAACUUGUGUAUGAGCUAUGGUACUCAGUCUGAGUCGGUGCUACAUGUUUUAAGAGAUUGCAACUUUUUUAAGAGUUGCUGGCUUAAUUUAUUACCUGCUAGUGAAGUCCAAACCUUUUUUGGCUUCGUUGAUAUCCGCGAAUGGUUGUCUUGGUGUCUUAAAAGCUCUUUUGUAUUGUCCUUCAAUCUUGGGGUCCAAAAAUCAGUUCCUCGCCCACUAAUCUUGGGCAAGGCUAAGGAAAUAUAUCAAGCCUGGAAUGGUUAUUUUCCUUCUUCUAUUCAACGUCAAUGUCGAGUGAUUAGAGUGGCCUGGACCCCAGCAGCUAUGGGAUGGAUUACAAUCAACACAGAUGGUAGUGUGCGUCAAAAUUCAAGAGCUGCAACCUGUGCGGGUUCUUUUCGAGACAAUUAUGAAUUAUGGGCCAUAUAUCAUGCUUUGAAUGUGGCUUGGAGUAGGAGAUGGCGGAAAAUUGUUAUCCAAACUGAUUCUCAAGUUGCUGUUCAGCUUCUUCAAGAAUAUAUAAGCCCUUGA